GUAAAUACAAUAAACGUGUUCUCUAUGUAGUUAGUAAGUGGGCCGUGCAAAGGGAAAGUUAAGACGCGAAAUGAGGAAGAUUUUUCCACAUUAACUUUUGUAAAAAAAAUACAUUUUAACUAUAUAUAUGUGUAUUGCGGUGAAAUGCGGUACAAACUAGACAAGUCAUCAACGAGAUAAGAAAAAAAGUGAAUGGGAAUUAAGGAAAAAGGGAAAGACUGUCACAGCUGAUGUGAGUUACCAAGCACCCCUAUUUCAACGAAAAAUGGCUCAUGUCAACGUUUUAUACUAUAUCAUAUGUAAUACAUUGAUAAUGACGGUAGUCGUUGCUUUACAUCAAAAUCAAAACCGAAAUAGUGAAAAGCAGAAUUCCAGGCUAUAUUUCAUGAACCAUUAUUUGAACCAAAAUGUUGACAUAAACACAAUCAGUGAUAAUGGAGCAACCAACGAAAAAUUGAAAACGAACAAAGAUACAGUUCCUGAUUUCAAAAUAGAAAAUUACGACUCCAAAAAUACUGAAAAACUUAAACAUCGUGAUGAAUAUGAGUUAAAUAUAGAUGAAGAUGUAUCGAUAAAUGAGGAUUGCAACAUCAAUGUUGAAAACACCAGCAUCAAUUACUUUGGAAAUGUGUUAAUAUCAGAACCGUACUUAGUAAAGUUUAAAAUAUUCCUAAAAGGAAAUGCAACUGUUAGAAGCUUGAGCUCUACUUUUAAACCUUUACUCUGGUUUUGGACACCAAACACCACAGUUGGCCCAUACCCUUUCUUGUCAUGGAAAAUUGAUUAUGGAAUUGUGUCGUUUGGACUGCUAGAUACCAACACCGUUGAUAUUCCUUUCAUCAAUGUACAUGUUAAAGGUAAUUGCAACUUCACUUUCGGAACAAACGACACAUCGCACAAAAUAACAAAGGCUUUAGGACAGAUGCUGCAAGUCCAUAAUCAUCCAACCGAAAUAAUUUUGUUUAGUUACUUCUGUUAUAUGAGAGUACGGGAAGACCUGAUGAAUACAAGUCACUAUUAUGCAUCAUUGUACAUUAUUUUUCCAAUUCAAUACGUGUCAUAUAAUUGUUGUACGGCAAAGAAAAACUACAACAAAACCGAGAUUGAGUAUAACUGUACCGACACAACUAUGGAUAAUCACAACUGGGAUCAAAUAUCGAUUCUUCCAUUCUACGUUGGGCUUCUUCUUUUAGCAUACUGUCCUAUACAUCUUAGUGAUUUGUGUGCCUGGAUGACAAAACAUGAAAAUAUUCCUUCAAGAAGUGGAACACUAGAUGAUCGUUACGACAACAAUAAAGACGACUGGGUGUUUGAAAACGGAAAUAAUCCAUUAACAUUUUUUGAGCUUCUUAGUUUCAGUGUGUUUGGACUAGACAUUUCACACCCUGUUCUUGUUUCAAGAUUACGUAGAUUUUUAUUUCUACUUUUGGCUCCAUCUGUUCUUUAUUUUCAAUUAUUCUUAUAUAGAAAUGGAAUAGGAAUAAGUGAAACUGACAAAAUAACAGUAAAAGAGCUUGUUGACAUCGGAGCACCCAUGGGAUUCUUGUCUAUAUUCGGUAAUCCUGAGAACAGAGGUAUGGUAUUUGUUCCUUACCUUGGUGGUCCUGUUGGUCUUGCUAUCAUAUACUUAAGUUUAGGAAUUGUGUUUAUUGUUAUGCCAAGACAUUUGAAACAAAUAUUUGAAGACGGUUUGCCUUCUGGCUGUUCCAAUGAAGAUGAAAAUGUCAGGACUAGAAAUAAGAAUUUAAUUUCACCUUUGUUAUUCAGAAAUGAUGAUAUUAUUAACUUAUCAAGAGUAAGUGUUUCACCAGAACAGUUGCAUGGCGGUUAUACAAGUACAGCAACGCUUAUGAGAUGCAGUAUAUAUAUGCUUUUUACAAAAUCAUUUUGGGGCAAAGUAUUACAAAUCCAAAAGAAACGUAUCCUAUCUCUCAAAGAAUCUACUGCUAUCUACAAGAAAGCAAUGUUCAUAUUCAGUAUUCCUCUUUAUGCUGUUGCUUGUGUUAUUGAAACACUCUGUUGCAUCUUGUAUUAUGGUUUACCUUUUUGUUUCUAUGUGGUAGUUGUUGUAAAAGGAGCAUCGAAAGGCCUUGCAAAUUUGAGAGAUCAGAUAGGUUGCUUGUCUUUUAUUUUCAAAUUCCGCAUCUUAGAAGUCGUUGGUGUCGUCAUCGUUUUCAUCUUGUCGUCUGCUUUUGCCUAUGUUAUUGCUCUUAUUUUUCUGAAGAGCUUCGCUGUUUUAUCUCAGAUUUUCAUUCUGUGUUUCAUCUCAAUAAUUAUUUUUCCAUCCGUUUCGUUUGGGUACAUUUUUUUCUUUACAGCGGCUUUGUAUUUCUGCCUUCAUCAAAUUCGAAACUUUGAAGAAGUAUAUGCAAAUCUUUUAUCGACUGCUGUUGAAGUCUCAGAUAGAAUCGAGGGAUACUCAAAUAAUGUUUCAUUUCUUAACAAUAGAUUAAAUCUUUCAAAUGUCAGAUACGAAAACAUAAAAGACAUUCGGAUCAACGGCAAUGUUUUGGACAUUUCUCAAAAUGUGUUGAGAACUAUACAUCUUCAUGGAAACUCGAGAAUACGAGAAGUAAAUAAUACGAUGGGUAUUCCAAAAAAGCUUUUUGACCACCUUAUACGUACUUACAGACCAGUUCAUCAACAAGUGUUAUCUUUUAUUUUCAAAGUGUUUGCCAUGGCGUCUCUUAUCAUCGUUACAUUAAGUAUAACCUCUGAUUAUGUGAAAGGUCCAACGUCGAAGAUAUCGGAAGUUAUGCAUGUAAUUUUUUUCAUAGCUGUUGGAGCUCUUCCGGAACUGAUCGAGGUCACGGUGUCUUACCGUGAUGACGAACAUGUAAAGAAAGAAAUCGAAGAAAGGAAAAUGGAACAAACUAUUCGUGAGUUUUGGAGACACAAUCAAGGAAUUCAAAAUUGAAAAGACUAUUUAAUUGUUGUAGUUUUGCAUAGAAGUAAUUUUACCAAACCAUUUGUUAUAUAUGAUUGAUGUCGGUGAUAUAGGCUUUCUAUUAUCUGAGAUACAAUGUAUAUUGAAUAAAUUAUAAUAAAUGAAAUAAAAU